CAGACAACAUACAGACUCCUCUCUCAGCUGUCUCACCCUCGCCAGGAGCUCUCGUCUCUCUGCUCGAGUCAGGAAACCGACAGACGGCGGACAGGUCAGCAGUUGUGGGUGUUGGCACUGGGUGUCCGCCCUCGACGUCACACCGUCGGCAUCCCCGAGUUCAAAUAUGUGGCUAACAUGCAUGGAAACGAGGUUCAACUAUCACGGCAUUGAUCUGAACAGGAACUUCCCUGAUGCUUUCGCUGGUCUCCGAAGGCAACAGCAGCUCGAUGAGAAGCAGCGGGAGGCGGAGGUGAGAGCCGUGAUAGGCUGGUUGAGGACCGAGAGUUUUGUUCUCUCUGCCAACCUUCAUGGAGGAGCUCUGGUGGCCAGUUACCCUUACGACAACAGCAACAGAGGCAGCGAGCUGGUGGGUGGGGCCAGCGUCAGCCCUGAUGACGACGUGUUCAUUCACCUGGCCAAGGUGUACUCCCACAACCACGCCACCAUGCACAAAGGGGACAGCUGCGCAGACAGCAGACCCUUCCUGGACGGCAUCACCAACGGAUACCAGUGGUAUCCUCUGAUCGGUGGGAUGCAGGACUAUAACUAUGUGUGGGCUCAGUGUUUGGAAUUGACUCUGGAGGUUUCCUGCUGCAAGUAUCCUCCAGUCGGAGAACUUCCUGAUCUGUGGAGGGACAACAGGAAGUCUCUGCUGGCCUACAUCCAGCAGGUCCACCUGGGGGUCAAAGGUCGCGUGUUCGAUGGCUCCGGAGUGCCGGUCCAGAACGCAGUGGUGGAAGUCAAAAGUCGUAAUAAUAUGUGUCCGUUCAGAACCGACAAACACGGAGAAUACUACAGACUGCUGCUGCCUGGAAACUACAGCUUCACAGUGACGUACCCGGGUCAUGAGGUUUUGACGGAGACACUUAAUGUCCCAUACGGUCCUGAUAACUUCUCCGCCAUGAAACAUGACUUCCGCUUACGACAGAUCGCCACAACAACUGCCCGCACCCAAGCCAACCUCACCCAAGCUGACCUCACGCCUUCCUGUAACUACACGCUACACCUGGAAGCAGGCGGAGCCGUCGCCAGGCCCACCUGGAAGGGGCUGAGUGUGGGGCUCGGCCUGGUGGCGGCGGUGCUACUGUCCCUGAACUGAACUGAAGCUCCCUGGUGCUCAAGCUGACGGUUGCAGGUUUGAACCAUCAACCUGCAAGAAAACAAACCACCAUUGGUAUCUGAAGAGACGUUUUGAAGCCUGGAGUUUGAUAAAAUCACACAAAAAUAAUUGCCGAGCUACUGUAGCUGCAAAGCAAACAGCUAAUAUGUUAGCUAGUUAGCCGCAGUAGCUGGUUUGCUAGCUAACUAGCAUGUUACAGCUCUGCCUCUAACUGAAGUUCACACACUUAAUUCAAGAAACUUUUUGUACCACUGGCUUCAGUCUGUCUACGAAUUAUUUCUCUUUUGUGGAGGAUGUUAUAUAAAUGUAUUGAGCUAAUAAGCUAUAAUAGCUUCCUCUGUUCUGCUCAGUUCCCCAAGUUUGCACAGAUUUGCAGUUUCAGUAGAAAAUAUAUAUAUAUAUUGCUGCAAGAUUUUAACAUAACUUUGUAACUUUGUAUUUCUAAAAAUAUAUUUUUUUUCAGUUUCCUUCAAUACAAACCCAAUUCAAGCCUACACAAUGCCCCUGUUCCUGUGUGCACUCUCACAGGAAUUAACAGGAUUUAAAUCUAGACUAGGGAUCGCAGGAAGAAAAGAGGAUUUCAUCUUCCCCGCUGAGAUGUUACAGCAUGUGAAAGGAUUGUGUAGGGCGGCGAUGAGGCUCAUUUAAGUGUGGUGGAGCUAGACGGCGUAAUCUUAUAUGUGAGGAGGAGCACUUUAAAAGUAUAGCACUUGCAGGGAGACUGAACGCUGUUUAUAGAAACGGUAGUAUUUAAGGACAUUACAGUAAUGGAGGGAUAAAAUUACAACGACACAAGCUGUGAAAUUAAGCGAUCCAGGUGACGCCACGCAUUAAUCAUCUAUCUUAACUCACCGAGGUGCGUUUGAUUUAUGACUCCGGAGGACAUGUUCAUACAGCCAUUCAUCCUUUCUGCUUAUUUUAUGAUUGUAUGAGGGGAGUUUAAACCAUCCCCAAUACAUCACUACAGGACAGAUUAGUCCAGUAGUUCCUGAUAGGGGUCACAAGGAGACUUUAAAAGGGUCACAAAGCCAAAAACAAAGUUGGUUUUACUGGUUUAAAUGAAAAACUAGGACUGGGAAUCAAACCUGUGACGUCCAGCUCAGGUCACUCAUACAGUAUCUGUACACAGUGUGUGUGUGUGUGUAUGUAUAUAUAUAUAUAUAGUCUUACAGUCACCCAUUGCUCAUGUAUCAUACAGUAUCUGUACACAUAUAGUAUAUAUUUAUAUACAUGUAUCAAGUUCACAGCAGCUCCAAUAACAACAACAACAGGUGUGGUGCCUCUUUUAACACAGGGUCAGAGGUCACUUUUUCUCCUCAUUUCAAACGUCAUUCUUGCCAAAUAUUAGUUUUUUUUUCUACUUUUUUACUGUUUGAUAUUAAAUGUCUUCUUCAUAAAAUAAUCCUCUGUGCCAUGUUGUAACUGUGGUGACUGCCGGAUUCAGUCACAGCAGAGCUCUUAAUGUUUUCUUUUUGUUUUUAUUACACUGUAAAACUGUAAAAUGCCUGCAGUGGAGCCACUUACUGAAUCCUGAAGUAAACUGAUCAGUAGGUCUGGUUCUGGAAGGAAUUCUCACAUUAA